GACCAGGAUAAUAAGCCAUUGAUGCCAGUAUACGGACGCGCGUGUACCUUGUGGCCCAGGACCCUCGAGAUUCUUGAUCAACUUGAACUCCUUGAUGCUCUUCUUGAAUUGGGGGUCAUUUCGAAGACGGGCAUGAACUUUCGGGAUGGCAAGCUGGCUCCUGGUGGAUUAGUAUUUGGGUAUCGAAUGGAUAAGCAUGGUGACACCGUGUUCAAGUUCGCCUUGCAUCUACGUCAACGCCUUAUUGAACAAGCAUUUGAGGCAGCCCUUCACGAAAGGGACGUUUGCGUCCACUUCCGACAUAGAUUGGACAACUACGCCGUUAACGGGGACAAGGACGAUGCCUAUCCUGUCCACUGUCUUAUCCGAGACUUGAAAACUAAGUCAACUUAUGAGGUACAUGGCAAAUACAUCAUCGGAGCUGAUGGCGGACGUUCCGUUGUUCGCUCCCUCGCUGGGAUUGACUUUCCUGGAACCCGGACCACAUCGAAAUGGAUAAGAAUGGAUGCCGUCAUCGAGACAGACAUGCCCAAUCCGCGCGCUCUCAACUCUGUCCAGAGUGCGCAUCAUGGUCUAGUCUUGUGGUGUCCAAUCGAUGGCGGCCGAACGCGUCUCGGCUUCGUCUUCAAUCCUGAGCUGCAAGCGAAGUAUGGGCCUGAUGGAGUUACUCAGGAAGUAGCGAUGGAAGAAGCUAAGAAAGCUCUACAUCCGUUUUCUAUAAACUUCGUCACGGUUGAUUGGUUCACGCUCUACGGAAUUGGCCAACGCAUCGCAUCUACUUUCUAUAAUGCAUCCAAGCGGGUUCUUCUCGCCGGUGAUGCGUGCCACACCCACUCUUCCGGCUCCGCACAAGGCCUUAACACCGGAACACACGACGCAGUCAAUAUAGGGUGGAAGCUUGCGAUGACCUUGAAAGGGCUUGCAAAAGACGAUGUUUUGUUGCGCUCGUAUGAUGAAGAGCGUCGUGCGAGUGUUCAGCAGGUCAUUGAUAACGAUGCAAUUAUCGCCACGCUGAUUUCGGGGAAUUAUCCGGAUAAGUUCAAGGGAAGGACAGAAAGCCCGAGGUAUGUACUCCAUUCUGAGCUCUAUCUCAGAGAAAGGCAUACUCACGCACAUCUUCUAGCAUCAACGAAUCUGGUCAAUAACGGCCGAGACGACCGCCCACUCGCAACCAUCCCAAUUGGGGCUCGCGGACCAGACGCCUACGUCUCUCGAGUAGGAACUGGCGAGCGUCUCCGCCUCCAACGACUCCUCCUGAACACCGGGGUUUUCCACGUCAUUAUCUUUGCGGGUUCACCUUCGCAUACUUUACCUCAACUCCAGUCCCUCCGUGCCACGCUAGACGGUCCCAACAACUUUACCCUCCGCUUUCCCCGAAACAUCUACAAGUUGACUACUAUAAUCGCCGGCGAAGGAAUCGGAGCGCAGGAAGCCAUGUUAGGUGUCAGGCCGUUUGGACGUGCGUAUUUUGAUGUGCUGAGGGAGGCACAUGAGGUUUAUGGAGUUGAUGUGUGGCGUGGUGCCAUUGUGGUGUUUAGGCCGGAUGGGUAUGUUGGGAUGAUCGUGCCUCUCGAAGCGUCAGAUGAACUGGCUAUUUAUUUUGGCAAGUUCUUGAAAAUGGGUGAUGCUUAG